CGUAUCAAGGUUAUAUUGAUGAUCUAUUUCUGAACAUUCCUACAAGAUACUGGAAACAUAUAAGUAGACAAUGUCUUCAUCGAAUACCGAUGGUAGCAGGACCAUUCUGUGGUGUGUUCCUCGGUCCAUCUCGACAGCACUCGCCAAGUGUCUCAGCUUCAUCGAUGCCUCGGAGGUGUGGUUUGAACCCUAUGCCUACUGCAACGCCACCAGCAAUGAGUAUAAUCAUCAAACGAAGCUCAACAUACCCAUGGACUAUGAGGGCAAUGAGGAGAUCUUUCAGAGAGUAAAAAAGGCCCUAGACGGCAUGGCAAAUACCCACUUUGAGCCCGAUCGCCUCUCAUACGGUUCUGUAAAGCGUCGUCUUGAAGCCACUACCGCCAAACACGUGAUGGUAAAGGACAUGGGCAAUGCAAUGACGGAGGAGUACCGUGCCUACCUCCCCAAGGGGUACAGACACACCUUUCUCAUCCGACACCCUGUCCGCUCCAUAGCCUCCUACCGCAAGAUGAUGUACAAUCAGUUCUCUGAGCUAGGACUACUGGAAGGUAAAGCUGCCUCUGAGGAGACUUACGACGUGGAACGCGAUGACCGCUUCUUCCCCUCUGGCUAUGGCACGAAAGAAACAUACGACCUCUGGAAUUACAUUCAAGACGAGAAUAUUGAUACCAACCCUGUCGUUAUAGAUGGUAACGAUCUGUUGUCGAAACCUGCCGAGACGCUUUCGGCUUAUUGCACCGCCGUCGGGUUACCGUACAGCAACGGCUUACUGCAGUGGGACGCGUCACCCAAGGUGCUGACAAGGAUGAAAGCUAGUGGUGACAAUCUCCUGAUGGACUUGGUCAAUUUCUAUGGUACAGCGAUGAAGAGUAGCUGCUUCCUCCCAUCGAAGAAGAUGCCACCACGUGAUCAACUACCGGCUGACGUCAUCAGGUGCUCUGACAAGGUCAUGACGUAUUAUGAGGACAUGUAUAAAACUCGUCUCAAAAUCUAGAGCAGUUUUGAGCGAAAAUAAAUAUCUCAAUCAUCGUACGAAAAUGCCUUAAAAUAUUGAAUUUACGGUUUAUGCAAAACCGUUUAGGCCUACCUUUGGAGGGAGGAAGUCCCCACUUCGACAACAUAUAGCUUGGAGCAAAGUUCUCUAAAACAAUGUCAGAUUACAGGCCCGUUACUAGGAUUUUUUGGCGGG